CUUUGCUGCUGCGGCACCAAACUCGCCCUGCUUUGGUGGUCGAGACUCGUUUAGUUUAGUUUUUCUUCUGGAAGGAAACUUCAGUUAAAAAGUAAGAGAAGCGUCCCGAAGAACGGCCCGGGAGGGGAGCCGGCCGCCGCGCUGGCACCCGGGACCCCGGGGGAGGGACCGCUCAGGGGCAUGGCUGCGAAAUCCAGCCCUGGGGAGAGGCUGUGGGAUUUAGCCAUGGGAGCCAGGACCCCUCCCCAGGGGCCUCCUCCUCCGGCCGGGGGAGAGCGGCCGGGGCGGGCCGGGCACCGCAGUCCCCUCCGGGGGGGCGGCAGCCCUAUAUAUUGCAAAGCGACUCGGGACCGACCUCCCCAUCGCCGGGAGCCGUCGCGGCGCCUGCCCCCCCGCUUCCCCUCCCGUCGGGGGGGCUCUUUCUCCCGCUGCCGCCGCGCCCCCCUAUCCGAGGAGGAGGAAGGCGACGGCCGUAUAUGAACGCUGCCGGAUUUCCCUGCCUGCCAGGCAUGUGCACGCUGCCGGCGCCCAGCCCCGCCGCCGCGGCCAGCCCCGGCUCCCCCGGGCCGCCCCGGGGGUCUCCAUCCGCCGGGCAGGCGCCGCCGGUGAAGCCGGAGCCGCGGUGCGGUGCGGGCAGCUCUCCCCCGCCGCCGCCGCCGCCCCCCGAGGAACCGCCGCCCCCCGCCGGGGGCCGCCGGAGGAAGCGGCCGGUGCAGCGGGGCAAACCCCCCUACUCCUACAUCGCCCUCAUCGCCAUGGCCAUCGCCAACGCUGCUGAGAGGAAGCUCACCUUGGGUGGCAUCUACAAAUUCAUCACUGAGCGCUUCCCCUUCUACCGGGAGAACCCCAAGAAGUGGCAGAACAGCAUCCGCCACAACCUCACCCUCAACGACUGCUUCGUCAAGAUCCCUCGGGAGCCCGGCCAUCCUGGCAAGGGCAAUUACUGGACGCUGGACCCGGCUGCAGAGGACAUGUUCGACAAUGGGAGCUUCCUGCGCCGGAGGAAACGUUUUAAGCGCACCGACAUCACCACCUACCCUGGCUACAUGCAAAACUCCAGCGCCUUCACGCCUUCGCCCGCUGGCCGCCCUGCAGCACCGACAGCACCCUACCCCAACACGCUCUGCUCACCCGGCUAUGGCCCCCAGCUCUCCAGCACUGUCUUCCACCCCUAUGGAGCCGGGGCAGCACCACCGGCACAGCACCCCAGGAUGUUCAGCAUCGACAGCCUCAUCAGUGGGCAGCAGGCCCUGCAGCCCUCACCACCUGCCGAGUUGGGCCAUCCAUCGCUGGGUUUGCCUGGGGCUGAGCUGGCUCCCGCCUGCUCCACCAGCAGCUCUGAGCCUCCCUGCUUCCAGCCGCAGCCUGUAAGCCCUGGCUUGCUGGGCCGUGCUGGCCCCAACACCCUGGCUUACCCCUACACCGCCUCGCCCCCCCACCUGCCUGUAGCACAGGGCAGCUACUCGCCUGGCAGCCCACAGCUCUAUGGGGCUCCCAACAGACUGGCCCUGCCAGCCAUGCGUCCCCCAGCCUGCGCCGAGCAUGGCGAGCAGCUCCUGGGGCUCUCUGCUUCACCCCUCAGCCAGUUCGGCUCCAGCAAUGCCUACAUGAGGCAGCCCAAUUUCCCCACCGGCCUCGAGCGGUAUAUGUGAUGGGGUGGGAGGGGGCUUGGCUGGACAUCCCACAGCUCCUACAAGCAUCUCUGGACACACAGACUUCCUCCAGCUGUGGGGAUAGGCUGGGGUGGGGUUGGGGGUCCCCAGCCUCUGGCUGCAUGCAGACACACACCUGCGGCGGAACCUGACUCCUCUCUUUCUCAGCUUAUUUUUAACUGGAGGCAAGGUGAUCUAUUUUUCUGCCCUAUCCCCUACUGGAAAAGGUGCUGUCUGGCUACAUCUGCCCAGCAGGGCUAGCCAUGCCCGGGGCUGUCCCUUCCACACAGCCCGGCCCCGGGGAUGCUGUCUGUGGCGGGGCACCCCGGGGCACCCCUGGGGUGAGGAGGAGCACACCCAGGAGGUGGGUGCAUGGUGUAAUGUUCAGGAACUGGCUCACAAAAGGGCUUUCUCCUCUAUUCCCUGAGUGCCUCCUGAAUAACUGGAAUGAAAGUUACUAAAAAAAAGAAGAAAACAAACCACUAAAGCAAUUCACUGGAUUUUAAAUGAAUAUUUAUGAUGUUUAUUAUUUCCUUCCCAUGUAGGAAAACAAACAAACAAUGAAACACCCCAACUGCUUCUUUUUACUAUUUUUAAAGAUAACCUUUAUUGUUAGAAAGGGCUUUUUUUAAAUAAAACUUUUCCUUCCAACAUGUUCGGUGCCACCAUUCCUCUGGCUCUGGCCAGACCGUGGUGGGAGAAAAUCAUCAGUCUUGUAACUUGUGGGAGAUAGACUCGUGCUGCUGUUGUGACACUUUCGCAUCUUACAUUUUUAGUGACACUUUCUAAAUCUGUCUGGUUUAUUAUUAUAUAUUUUUAAGUGAAUGGUAACUCAGCCAUGCGAAGCCUGCAAUAAGCUUUCUGUCACCUACCUGCAAAGUUUGCUCACACAGCUCUUGCUGGACUCAGUGGUUUCCAUUUGUGUAGCAGGGAACGCGUCUUCCCUCUGAGGAAUCCCUUGCAGGUGAAAUUCUGAUUGAACACAUCAAAUUAGGAGAUUGUAGCUUUCCUUUCUAGCAACAAAAUCAUUGAAAAUUCCAAGCUGUUCACUGGCCAGGCUGCUGCUAUUUAUUUACAGCAAAACCAGCCAAACUGUCUCACCAGAUUUGAAAGCAGAAUUCCCCAUCCCUAGAUUUAUCUUUCUUAAAAUUUAAACAUCCUCUGGGUAAAACUGACAAGCCAGGAUAUCUCCCCUGUUUUUCAAGCGUGUCCUCUGAAGCAGAGUGGUUUCUUGUAGUCACUAUUGCAACUUCUUUCUGCUUACGGAGGAGCUGGAGGUGGGUUGAGCUUUAAUGUAAAACUGAGCAUCUAAUUUCACAGCUGAUGGUCAUGACCAAAAGCUGGGCAUACAGGUGGGUACCCAAGGGGCUGGAUUUUGCCCACAGCUGGAUAGCUUGUAGCUUUUCAUUCUUUUAUCCCGUGUGUUCUGUAGAAACUGAGAGUGCAGUUAAUAUGAGAGGUGAGGGAAGAAAAUGCUUUUUAUUCCUCUUGGCCUCCUUAACACUGGGGCUUCAUCUGUCUCUAAAACCUGGCCUGGCUCUGGUCUGCUGCCUUCAGCUGAGCCGCUGGGCUCUGGGUCUCCUCUCUGGUCCCUCCAGCUUCACCUUUUUAGCGUUCAUGCUGCUUUCAUACUGCUCCUAGCAGCAGCUCCUGUGCAUUUCCCUGAGUAAUACCCUGCUCAGAAAGGUUGUUGCGAAAAAACUUAUCCCUUAAAAUAAUUUAGCUCUCUACAGAAAAUAUCUAUAGACAGAGAUCUUCUAUCUAAUGAAAGUAUGCAAGGUGCCGUUCCUGUAUGUAACAUGCUGUCUGUAUAGAUGGACUGGAAGGAUGCUGAAAUAAUUGCUUGCAAGGACAGACAGUAGAAAGGAUGCUGUCAUAGCUCACAUUCAUUCCCAGGGCCUGAUCCUGCAAUGUUUCACAAGCAAAAGCAUUUUUGAAGUCUUGCCUAAAUAUCUAGGGGGUCAGAGUCAGACACAUCCAAAGUGCUGGGUUUGCUGGCGUCCCUCCAGCAUCGCCAAGUGCCAUGCUGGGACUCUGCUGGGUUUGCACUGCGAGCAGGAGAGUGUCUGAGGUGGGGGAGAACCAUGUACUGACAUAGAAGAUAAAUGGGUUUGGGUGGAGAGAGCGGGCAGGAGAUACUGUGGUUCUACCUGAGUGGGACACACCAGGAAGAGGUGGUUGAGAUGGAACAUCUCCUAGCGGGCUGAGCCCACUCCUCCCCACACACCCAGGAGCCCUGCAGCAGUGGGAGCUGGUGUCAGAAAGGGCUUUCCAAAUUCCUGACAUCUUUGGGUGUUAACUCAAGUGCUGGUGGAGCCAGGGGUGCCUGAAGGGCUGGGCUGUGACUUGCUCCUGACCCCCAGUCACCUGCACCCUCCUGCCAUAGCACUCUUUGGAGAGCAGCACCCCGUUCUGGAUCUGGGGGUUCUGCAGGAGAGCCCUGUGGCUGUGCAAGAGGGGUGUCCUCAGCCAAGGGGGCUCUGGUGUGAAGCAAGAGUGGGCUGGAUCCCUGAAAACCUGGCUCAGAGGGAGUGGACAAGCCCACCCCAGGGUGUCAGGACAAACUGGUGUGCGACGUUGGGUUGCACAUCUUCCCAGCGCCCCGCAUCUCCCCAUCUGCCAGCCAGCCCCAGCCCCGAGCCCCCUGCAAGGGGCAAUAAGCCACCCUCGCCAUGGGCCUUAUGCUGCCAACGGGCUGGAAAGGACAGGGAACAGGCCCCUUUUCUUCUUUUUCCUGCAGAUAUCAGUCUUCACACGCAUAAACC